AUCUAGGUCAAGAACAUUGUUCUGUUUCAUUCGUCCUGUAUAAUGUACAACGUAUCCGAGUUUUGAAAGUUACGUUACAGAAUAUGGCUGCGCCCAUCAAUUUCUACGGAUACAACUUCAGGGGAAGAUUUUUAUUUGGGUUGUAUCAAUGUUCUAAGCAGAAAAACUUGCACUUGUCAGUUAGUGGAUACAAGAGAACCAUCUACACCAGCAUGAAGUUGUACGACAGAGAAAUGUACUGGAAUGAUAAAUUCCAGACAGAUGAAGCUAAAUUUGACAAAAUUCUGAUAGCGAAUAGAGGAGAAAUAGCUUGUCGUGUGAUCAACACAUGCAGAAGGCUUGGCAUUAAAACUGUGGCUGUACAUAGUGCAGCAGAUGCUCUUGCAGUUCACACGAGAAUGGCUGACGAAUCUGUGUGUAUUGGGCCAGCACCAACUAGUGAGAGCUACCUCAGAAUGGACAAAAUUUUGAAAGCUGUUCAGGACUCAGGGGCUCAAGCUGUACAUCCUGGAUACGGCUUUUUAUCAGAAAAUACAGUAUUUGCAGCUCGAUUAAAAGAAAUUGGUGUAUCUUUUGUGGGUCCCAACAGUGAAGCUAUCCACGCUAUGGGAGACAAGAUUGAAAGCAAGAGGAUAGCUGCCAAAGCUGGGGUCAACAUGAUCCCAGGCUAUGAUGGCGCCAUUAAAGAUGCUGACCACUGUGUCCAGCUGGCCAAUAAUAUAGGUUACCCUGUGAUGAUCAAAGCUUCAGCAGGUGGUGGUGGUAAGGGGAUGCGUAUUGCACAUAAUGAUGAGGAAGCUAGAAUUGCCUUCCGUCUUUCCCAACAAGAGGCUAAAGCAAGUUUUGGCGAUGAUCGUAUGUUAAUAGAGAAAUUCAUUGAAAACCCUAGGCAUAUUGAAAUACAGGUGCUGUGUGAUAAACAUGGCAACAGCUUGUGGCUCAAUGAGAGAGAAUGUUCCAUUCAAAGAAGAAACCAAAAAGUUAUAGAGGAGGCUCCCAGUGUAUUUUUAGACCCAGAAACUCGUAAAGCAAUGGGAGAGCAGGCAUGUAGACUAGCUAAGGCUGUUGGCUAUGAUUCUGCUGGCACAGUUGAGUUUCUAGUGGACAGAAAUAAAAACUUCUACUUCCUGGAGAUGAACACUCGCCUUCAAGUGGAACAUCCAAUCACUGAAAUGAUCACAGGCGUAGACAUUGUCCAUCAGAUGCUGAGGGUGGCGCACGGACACAAGCUGUUGCACCAACAGGCUGACAUCCCUGUAGAUGGGUGGGCCCUGGAGUGUCGUGUCUAUGCUGAGGACCCGUUCAAAAACUUUGGAAUGCCAUCUAUAGGAAGAUUAUCUCGUUAUGUUGAGCCAACACACCUUCCUAAUACGCGCUGUGACAGUGGCAUUAUGGAGGGCAGUGAAAUAAGUAUUUACUAUGACCCAAUGAUCUGUAAAUUAGUAACCUAUGGCAAGGACAGGAGCCACGCCUUAGAUACAAUGGUUGUUGCACUAGAUUCUUAUGUUAUAAAAGGUGUUACUCACAAUAUACCAUUACUCAGGGAUAUACUAACAGAGGAAAGAUUUAUUAAAGGGGAUAUAAGCACAAACUAUUUGCCAGAGGUGUACCCUGAUGGUUUUAAAGGCAAACAGCUGAAUUUGAGAGAAAGCCAGGAGUUGACAGCCUUGGCUUGUGCUGUCUACCUCAAGGACCAACAAAGAUCUAGAACAUUCAUCAACCAAAGAAGGAUUCCUGUGACUGAAUCCAAGAAGAACACCUGGUCCCUCAACACCCUGAUCAACAAAGUUCGUAUCCAAGCUCAGGUAACCAAGAAGCAAGAAGGAUUCAAGGUUGUUAUUGCUGGGGAUGUGUUUGAAGUGAAAGGCAAUCUUUCAUUUACCUCCCCUCUAAUGGACAUCACACUCAAUGGAGAGCAGAGAUUGUUGCAGAUCAACCAAAGACGUGGAGGUGGGAAAUAUGAUCUGAGAUUCCAUGGCACUGUUUACCCCGUGACUGUGCUGGAUGAUUUGGCCUAUCAGCUGAAUGAGCACAUGCUGGAGAAGAAGGUUGUGGACACAAGUACUCUGGUGAUGGCACCCAUGCCUGGCAUGCUGAGGUCAGUCAGCACAGCACCUGGAGAUACGGUUGCUGAGCACCAGGAGGUUUGUGUUCUUGAGGCCAUGAAAAUGCAAAACAGUUUGGUCAGCGCUAAGGCUGGAAAGGUGAAGAAAGUGUAUUUUAAGACUGGAGACACAGUCAAUGAGGGAGAUGUCAUCGUUGAGUUGGAGUAGUGUUUUAAUUCCUUGUUUGGAUUGUUGAACUAUGGGAUGCCAGUAACAGACAUUUACUUUACCUUUUAGAUUUGUAGUAUUUAUUGACAAGUAGGAGUGCAUAUUUUUUCAGCUUUCUAGAAACUACUAAGAGGGUGGCCUACUAUACAAGUGAAUUUGUAUCUAUUAGACCAUUUUAAAAAAAAUCAUCUUGAAAACUCCACAUUAAUUACAAAGAGGAAGCUACACGUGCCAUAAAUACCAAACAAUUGAUUGUUUUUCCAUGGCUUAUCGGUAUUAAUCUAAGGAUAUUAUUUCAUUAAUUUUUUGCUUCAGGUUUUUAUUUUAUGCUUGCUGUUUUUGUAAUACUAAAGGACUGUAAAAUUUUGUGAUUUUUUAAAAAUUUUUUUUUGUUAUUCCAAAUUGUUUUUAUGUACUGUAAUUUUUUAAUAUUUUCAACCUGAUUGAUUCUUAGAACAAUUUUAGUGUAUUUUUGAAAAUGGCAUGCAAAUUAAAAGCUGGGGUUGUCCAUUUCAAUCAACUCUGUACAUGAUUACACCAUCAGGCACAAUUUAAGUUACUAUUUGGUUAAAGUAAAAAAAAAAGUAUUUCAGAAUCAUUGUCUGCAUACAGUUACAAUACCGGUGUUAUUUAACAAAGAAUGUGGAUGAAAGAAAUAAUUAUAUAAUUUGAGUACUGCAACAAACAGUCCCACAUAGUUGAAAUGUUUGAUGUAUAUUUGUUUUCUAAUCAGAAAAUUAUUUCUCAUUAGGGUGAAUGUUUGUGCCUGUUUUGAUUAUAUGCAACCAUCUGUUUUGCUUUGAUUCAUUAUUGUGAAAAACACAAUUAUUAAAAUAACCUUCUUGAUACAUCUAUUGAUGCAUUAACAUGAAUGAACACUUUCUUUCCUGAACUGUAAAUGGGCUCAACUCAGUUUUGAUCAAGUUUUCCACAGAACAUCUUACAAGAUUUUUUUGUAUGUGUUUUAAAACAGAUUAUUAGAGUUAAUAUUCUAUUGAGUGCAUUAUUUUGGAUUUUUAGAAUGUAUUUAGAAUAUAAAUGAAAAUUCUUGUUUUUCUACAUUGUAACAGGCAAAACAGAACACUUCUUGAAAGUUAUAGUAGAUUCUGACUAAGCAUCUUAAAAGCUUAACUUUUAAUACACACUUUAUCAUAUCAUGAAUGAAGACAUUAUUAUCUCGGAUUGUUCAACGCUGGAUUAGACAGUGAUUAUAAAUAGAUUUUUUUCAAACAUUGUGUUAACUAAUUUAUAUUAUUCUUCCAUAUCACAUUUCAAUGCUUCAAGUAGAUAGACAUUACUAAAAAGACCAUAGGAUAUUAUCACUGUGCAGUUUAGAGGCUGUAAAAUUGUUGAUUUAUUUAAAAAAAACUUUAAUCCCAUGAAAAUGAUAUUCCGUUUCUAUAGAUUUCUAUUACUUGUGAUUAUUUAUCUUGAGUUAGUGAUGUUUACAUAGCAGAUAUCUGUAUUGUAUUUCAUGAUUCUGUUCCAAGGGUGCUGCCAUCAUGGUGGUGAGCACUCUUAAGACAGAUGAGCAUAUGAAAACACCACUUUUCUUACUCUGCUUGCAAGUUUUGUUUUCAGCUAUUUAUAUCUCCCUCAACAAUUGGAGGUAAUUCUUGAGUUGCAUUCAGCUUUUAGUAGAAUACAAGUGUGAAAUUGGCAAAAAAUUGAAGUCUAAAUAAUAUUUACAGUGUAUGCUCAAGUUUGAUGGGUAAAUGAGCUGUUUAAUUGACUUUUAAUUUCAAAAUACUUUACAUCUAAAGGGUAUAGGCAGCAUAGGCUAUUAUUUACUUUCUAGUAUUAUAGUUAUUUAUAUAAACUUUUUCAAGAUUGUAAUAUUUCUUUUAUUGUUGCUGUAUUUUACAAACUAGACUUGAGUAUAGAUCUUAUCUAAAUUGUUUUCAAGCCUGUACCAGAAUAGCUUGCUUGUCAUGUUGUUAAACAGAUUUGUCUGCAACCAUGUCCUCAUCAUAUGACAGGGGUUCCCAUACUACCAUUUAUCCCCCCCCCCCCCUUUUUUUUUCUCCUGGUACAAGCUUUUGAACAGAAACACUAAUUAGCUGAAAACUGAACCAAGCAUUAAAAAAUUUAGUAGUAAGGAAUUAGAUUUUAAAUUCCUUCAGGGGCCUCUUACUUGGGUCAUUGUAUUAGGAUAUCAAAUAAACCAAU